GGGAGGGGGAGCGUGAUUUCCAUCCUUGGUUGGCGUAGGAGCAUCACAGUAGCCCCUCUUCCAGUUCCAUUCACAAUGAGCCUGCAAAAAAAAAAUCAAAUAAAAUUAAAAAAAAAAUGAGAUGAGACAUGCAAAUUAGCCCAACCCCUUCCCAUCUUGCUCUUUGCCUCUCUCUCUCUCUUUUCUCUCUCUCUCUGUUUGUUUUCACAACACCCAGAGCCUCGUUCGGCCCCCUCGCCGCCACCCCGAGCCCUUGUCCUGUUACAGUUGGGUGGCGGGGGGUGCAGGCAGCUGCUCCGUAAAGUACACGACAAAUCGCGGAGAUUACAUAGAAUGUCAGCGGGCAUGCGCGCGGAUUGCAUGCAGAGCGGCCGCACUUUGCAGUGUGCUGCCUUGGUUGGCGAAGACCAGCCCCUCUGCCCCGACCUUCCCGAACUCGACCUCUCCGAGCUGGACGUCAGUGACCUCGACGCCGACGGCUUCCUGGGCGGCCUCAAGUGGUACAGCGACCAAUCGGAGAUCAUUUCUGCACAGUAUGGCAACGAUGCGUCCAAUCUUUUCGAGAAGAUAGAUGAAGAAAAUGAGGCCAACUUGCUGGCAGUGCUUACAGAGACCCUGGAUAGCAUCCCGGUGGAUGAGGACGGUCUGCCUUCGUUUGAGGCUCUGGCAGAUGGGGACGUGACCAAUGCCAGUGACCAGAGCUGUCCCUCCUCCCCCGAUGGCUCGCCUCGGACCCCAGAGCCCGAGGAGCCUUCUCUGCUGAAGAAGCUCCUUCUGGCGCCUGCAAACUCCCAGCUCAGCUAUAAUCAAUACACAGGUGGCAAGGCACAGAACCAUGCAGCCAGCAGCAACCACCGCAUCCGACCACCACCUGCUGUCGUCAAGACGGAGAGCCCCUGGAAUGGCAAAGCAAGAGGGGUCUCCAGCCAACAAAACCGCCCUCUGAGACGGCCUUGCACAGAGCUGCUGAAGUACUUAACAGCUACUGAUGACAUCCUGCUCCACACCAAAGCCAACGAAAAGGGCAGCUGGAGCGGCGCCCCCGGAAGGGACAAGAGCAACCUGGGCCUCGGCGCUUCCUCCUCCUCUUCCUCCUCGCCGUCCUCAUCAUCCACCUCCUCCUUCUCCUCCCUGUCUUCCACUUGUUCUUCGUCCACCGCCGCCUCCAAAAAGAAGUCGGCCGCGCCGCCGCAACCGCCGCCGCCGCCGCCGCAGCCGCAGCAGCAUCAUCACCAGCGAGGUGAGAGCCGGGCUGCAGGCGAAUGUAGUGGGGCUGGGAAGUGGCAGCGUUGCGCUCAGGAUGACGGGGUUGAGGAGUCGGAGGGCGCCUCUAUCUCUGUCGGCCACAGAACCUACAGCUGCGGCCGCGUUCGCCCUAAAGCCAGCGAAGAAGGACGGCCGCCAGGUGAUGUGGGCCACCUGGCCGCCGCUAGGUUCAUUAGGUAUAUGCAUUCUUAUUCCCUCCCUCCCCGAGAGGUGAGUCACAGCUGUGAGCAUUGCCGAGAGGCUGUCGGCGGCGCCACUCGAAAAAAGACUAGUGGGUCCAACCGCGCUCAACGUACACACAUCACAGUGACCGUUAGGAAAAGGGAAGCAAAGCCGGGUCACCCCUUACUUAGCCGGCUGCUCACUACCAAACUGAGACCUGCUCGCUACCGAGGGCACCUUCUCAACCCCUUAACCGGCACUCACGGCGAGUUAGCGGGGGAGAGCUCCGAGCGCGUCAAACCGAAGGAGGAAGAGCGCACCGAUGUUAGAAAGCGGCGUCGAGAGACAAGCCCCCGUAACAUAGACAGGGGCUUUGGACUAGAGCCGGGGCGGCCAAGCCAGGGAGGCUCUGGGGAGGAUGUCGACCAUGAUCAUAAAAAUAAGAAUCACGAUGAUGAUGAUGCUGCUGAUGGUGUCUAUGAUGAUGACCAUGUCACGGGCAGCCCCGCCGCGGUGCUCUCGCAAAGCCCGCCGAGCCCCCUCUUCCCAGAUACUAGCAUUGCAGAGCCCACCCCUGCCUGCUUCAUACAUGGGCAUGGGCAGCCACACAGGCAGGCACUCAGCGAGCACCCAGACGACCACCUGUUGUUAGCCAAACCAACCACCUUGCCACUACCUUUGACCCCAGAGUCUCCAAAUGACCACAAGGGAUCACCGUUUGAGAGCAAAACCAUUGAAUGCACAUUAAGUGUGGAGAUUGCUGGAACCCCAGGUCUGACACCACCGACCACGCCCCCACACAAAGCCAGUCAAGAGAACCCUUUUAAAGUAUCGCUCAAAACCAAGUUGUCUCCAUGUUCCUCCUCAGCCUUGGCGUGUAAAAGAGCAAGGCUGGUCGAGUUGGGUCCUGGCCCCAACAGGAAGGGUCCCGAACAGACUGAGCUGUAUGCCCAGCUGAGCAAAGCAUCCACCGUCCUCCCGUAUCCCGUCACUCCACAAACGACAGGGAGCGGACUUAUGGAGCAUCGCAGUGCGAGCAACCCUAAGCGGGCUCCCCCCCGUGGCGUCAGUGACCAUGACUAUUGUCAGGCAUCGGCGAACGCAAAGAAGAACGGCAACAUGGCAACCGGUGCCAUGACCGCAUCGGGGGAAAAGCCAAUCGCGCCAGGUGCCACUGCUGCUUCUACGCCGGCUGCAGGCGCAAUGGGGAACCAGCAUGUCGGAUGUAAGGAUUCAGCCACGCCCCCAUCGUCUUCACCUUCAUCAACAUCUCGUCCUCUCGCCAAGCGGCAAAGUUUUGCCUCCGCGACUGGAGAUGAAGCUCAGAUUCAGGGAUUAGGGAAGGAGUCCCUUGCCCAGAACUCCCAGGUCCCUGGACAACGGGACUGCUCAUCUGCCCUCUGCCGCAAGCUCUUGUGCGACCGGGAAAUCCGAGCUGAACUCAACAAGCACUUUGGCAACCCCUCGCAAGCCCUGUACAGUCAGGGUGAAGAGGACAGGGAGCCAGGCGGCAAAGCCAACAAGGUGGACCCUCCUCUGUCCCUUGAGGAAGAAGAAAUUGACUCCCAGAGGUUGCCGCGCUCUGGCGGCCCGCAUUCGGGGCUCCUGUCCCUCCACGAUGAGCUGGAGUUGGGCGAAGGACGUGAGAGUCGCUUCCUUUACCCGUGGGAGGGCACCCCUCUGGACCUACUCUUUGACUGCCCCCCGUGUUCUCCCUCCUCUUCGCCACCGUUGAGCUGCUCCCCAUCACGAGGCUCUGUCUCGCCGCCGUCGUCCCUUCUUCUGUCGCCCAACAGGCCUUUCUGCUGGUCUGGCGGGAGGUCGCGCUCCCGCUCCCGUUCCCGUUCUCACUCCGGCUCACGCAGCUCUUCCCCAGGCUACCGGAGGCGCUCCCUGUCCAGCUCGCCUGAUCGACAUCCCUCCUCCUGGUGUCGCAACAACAAUGAAUCGUGCACUUCCCGUUCCAGGAGUCAUAAGAGCCCGCACCCGCAGUCACGAUCUCCUCUCGGUCGCAGACCAAGGUACAACAGCUACGAGGAGUAUCAGCACGAGAGGCUGAAGAGGGAAGAGUACCUUUGGGACCACGAGAAGCGGGAGCUGGAAAGGACAGAGCAGAGGGACAGGCAACGACAAAAGGCAAUCGGGGAGAGACGGGUGGUGUACGUGGGGCGACUGAGGUCCGACUGCACCCGGACCGAGUUGAAGCGGCGCUUUGAAGUCUUUGGCGAGAUUGAAGAAUGUGCAGUGAACUUGAGGGAUGAUGGGGACAAUUUUGGCUUCAUCACAUACCGCUACAUGUGCGACGCCCUGGCCGCCCUCGACAACGGACACACCUUGCGGCGGUCCGACGAGCCGCGCUUCGAGCUGUGCCUCGGCGGACAAAAGCAAUUCUGCAAAUCACAUUACACAGACUUGGAUUCCCAUUCGGACGACUUUGACCCCGCCUCCACCAAAAGCAAGUAUGACUCCUUGGAUUUUGACAGCUUGCUGAGGGAGGCCCAGCGCAGCCUGAGAAGGUAACCCUCUCGGGGUUCCAUGCCCGAGCCAUCCUCACCCUCACAACCCGCCACCCCCCGGCCCCACUCGCCUAACCUCCCGAGGGACUCCCAAUACCUCACUCGCAUCUCUUAUUUUAGUUUUUUUUUGGGGGGGAUGACGAGACACUGAGAAGUUUUACACUGUAUGUGGUGGAGUAUUUAAGAAGAGUACAUCUAUAGACCUCUUUAUCUAUCAGAAUUUAUCCGAAACGAAGUUUACAUGAACAUAGCUGCUGAAGAGCUGAGGACGUGACUUCUGGGAAAGCCAGCGAACCCUCAGAACCUGCUGCACGGCUUUGACUGCUGUAGAAUCAAAAAAAAAAAAAAGAAGGCAGGUGGGGGUAGGUUUUAAAAAAAAAAAAGUGAUUUCCCCAACCACAAGCCGCCCCUCCCCCAAAGCACUACAAGACCCACAAUUCUUUGGAGGAGCUGAAAAAAAAUGCAGCUUGUUCAGCCAGAUUGAAUAUUUUGCUCUUGUUUUUAAUUUUUUUUGGGGGGGGGGGCUCUUGCUGUUUUUCAAUCUCUUUGGAACUGGUGUUACAUUUCAAAAGCAAGCGUUGAAAAGCGUUUGGGGGAAUUGUAUCUCUUGUUGUCUACAUUUGAAAGAGAACUGUAGUUGUGUAUUUACAAAUAACUCUAAAAAGGAAUAUUUUUUAUGUUCAUGUAAAGUUGGGGAAUAAAGUUGUUUAUGUGUUACAGCUAUGCACUGUAAAACGCAGCCUUUUUUUUUUUAAAUGCGGGGGAAACAACAUUUUCUUAAUUCCGAAUGUCGAUGGACGUCGAUAGUAAUUACGAUACUGCAAAACAUACUGUGCGCUGACAUGAUGUUUCGGAGACAUAUGAUGAUUGUAAAAAAAAAAAAAAAUGAAAAAAAAAGUAAAGUGGGGAUUGCUCAUUUUUGAGGCAACACGUGAACAAAUUUAUUUUCUUUUUUUUUUUAAGUUAUUCAGUCAGGCUUCUCUGUGUUUUACUUCAAUGUGUAAAACUGUUUUUUUUUAAUGUUUUUAAUGAUUGUAAAAACAAACAACCCCAUUUUUUAUGGAUGAUUUCUAAAGCAAUCACAAGUCUGUGUGUGUAUACUGUAUACGGCAUAUAUUUAUAUGUGUGUGUACAGUGUGUAUGUAUGUGCAUAUAUAUGUACGUAUAUACAUGUAUAUGUCAACGUAGCUCUUUGAUUUUCGUACUUUGUAUGGUCGUCAUUGAUUCAACACAGGGAGAGGAUGAUGCAUUGGAAUCUUUUCAAUCAGUGGAAAUGGCAUAUUUAUGUAUUUAUUUUCAUAUUUGAAUCAGCAAUAUUUAUGGGCUACAUUUCACAUGACUUUAAAAAAAAAAAAGUAUUUAUUUAGGAGUUUUAUUUAACGCUCAAUCACGAGACAGGGUGUCCAAUAAUUUCCAUGGUCGGAAAGUCGUACAACUUUUUAUGCCUUUUUUCCGGAACAAUCAGUAGCUUCAUCCCAGUCUCACUUCAUUGAGUCCGCAGCACUUUCUUGCUUGGUUUUCCUUUCAAGUAGAACAGAAAGCAAUAAUCGGGGUUUCUUUGCAGGAAUUUCACGUCGCUCUCAAAAAGACUUUGUUGCGUCUCCACUCUUGCUCGAUUAAGUGAAUGCCAAACAAAAAAGUUUACAAUUUCCUUUUUUGAAUUGAUUUUCUUUUUUUUUUUUAAAAAGAUAUUGUAAAAAAGAAAAAAAACAUAUACUACUGAUAUUAUUCGCAGUAAUAACAAGAUGAGUAAUAAUAAUCUAAAUAAAAAGGGGGGAAAAAUAUAUAAAAAGCAAUAAAUUAUUUUUCUGAAUUGUAUUUUAGUCGCUGAUUGUUGUGUUAUUUUCUUUGUUUUUUUUUUUCCAGCUAUUUUCUUUUGAUUUUUUUGACCCAUUACCCCGCCGCUCUGAUGUCAGCGCCCCACAUGCCAGCCGGUCCCUUUAAGACGUCUCCGUGCUGGUAAACGCACGCACGACCUUUGUGACAUCCGUGUACGGCAAACUUUCGACCGACCGUGUUUGACGUGAACGUGUUUGUGGUUUACUUGUGUGCAUGGCCGAUCAACGAGACGGUGCUGACAACAUGACAAAAAAAAAUAAUGCUGAGCUCGUGGGUCCGUUUCACGGACGGCAAACUGUUUCCAUGUAUUGUUUUCUUUGCGUUGGCUAUCCUGGGUAAUGGUGUCACGUUUCAUAGAUGUGCGGCUUUAAUCAGUGUAAUAAACUGCUUUGUAAAUGGCCUAGAGUAGCAAUAUAUUUGAGCAAUUUUUAAUACUGUGACCUACCGAGGAUUCUGCCACUGCUUUGUCGUCGGGUGAUCUUGUUUUCUUUGGAAGGACAAUAUGUGCGAGUGCGCUUUUAGCCAGGUGUUUGUAUGCUUGGAGAGGGAAUAGAAACAUGCGCGCGUGUGCGUGUGUGUGUGUGUGUGUGUGUGCGUGUGUGUGUGUGCGCGUGUGUGUCCUAUCCACGUUGCCUUACUGAUGCCUUUGUGGUUCUACCUGUUGUACGAAUUUCUUGUGAAUUUCAUUUUUCAUGUGCAAUUCUCAUCAGCCUCACCAUGCCAAUAAAGGGAAAAAUGUGACUAUUUUUUUU